UCGGCCCCUGUGGAAGGGUGUGUUCAUCUUUUGAGUAGGGUUCAUUGAAAAAGACAAUAAAAAAAAAGAGUCCAAAUGAGAUCAAUUACAAAAUGUCUAAGGUUAAAGUUAAAGUCCAAUAGUUGUCACCCUUACUGGUGUGUGGGAAACAUGCCCUCCGCAUUUGACUCAUCCCCGUGGGGAGCAGUGAGCUACAGACACGGCCAUGCUCGGGAACUAUUUGGUGGUUUCCCUCCAAUCCAACCCAUGGCAUCACUGUGAAGAACCGUCUUUGGUUCUAACUGGAACCUUUAUUUUUAAGAGUGCAGUAAAGCCAAGUGUCAAGCAGGGAGGCAUUUGGUCCCAUUUUUUAAAAGUCUUUGGUGUGAUCCAACUGGGAUUUGAACCCCGAUCUCCCAGUCCCGACACUUUACCACUAGACCACUGAACUGGUCCCUAAACACCUCCAAUCUCAAAACAUUUACAGCAGAAAUGUCAUUUUUCACUGAUUACAGCAUUAUUCUAGCUCAUUUAUUCUAAUUUUCCUUUUUGAGAUUAGAGUGGUUGUUAGGACAACAGAAACUAAUUUGGCCCCAUAUAGUCCAUGAGUUCUUGUGUUUAAUCAGAACAAAUCUCUGUUUCCAAACAGAGGCCAACCAGGUGAGAUUUGCUCGUGAUAUUUUCACAGAAACCCAUUCGAUCACUUUCGGUUCUGCACUUUUGUUGCUCAUUUUUAUUUUUGGAUCAAACCAAGAAAAAAUAAUCAAUAAAUUACGUAUUUGAAAAUUUUGAAAAAAUCUAAAAUUAUAUGCUUUAAGUGCUAAAAACCACAGGGACACAAACAAACCAGAAAUGUACAAACAAUAAAAAACAUUAACUCGUCCUCAGUGGCGCAGACGCAUCUAAGCUUCGCACAUCACUCAAACGUGCCUCAGUUCAGACACGUGAACUCAUUCCAUCCCAGCUCCUCACAGGAAGGUUACGCAAAUUACGCGCGUGCGCUGACUGCCCAAAGUUUUUGUGGAAACGGACGCAGUGAUAGACAUUUGAAAUCCAGAGAAGAUGAAGCCGCACGGAGACCCAAACCCGGUUCUUAGUGGUGACGAGGUUUGCGGUCUCCAGGUAUCCGGUGAGGAGCACCGUUGUGUGGAGGCGCUCCGCGCGCUCACCGACGCGCUGGAGCGCAGACGCGCAACUUUGGAGCGGGAAGCCCGGGUGGCGCGGCUCAGGUGGAACAGGAGGGAGCGAACCCUGCUGGCUCAGGUGACAUCUCUUCACAAAGAGGCUCUACUGGCUGCGCUGAAGUACCAAACGAGACUACACCGCUACCUGCUGCUCAUCAGCGGCGUCGCGGAGCAGAUCGUUGGAUUCAACAAGAGGGACUUCAGAGUUGCUGCUGCUGUCAUGCAGAAGUCAGAUGAAGAAGAGCAGCAGGGGCAUUCUGAAGCACCUGAGGUAUGAAAAUCACUCUUUAGUGAAGACUACCCAACAAAGAAAUGUCAUUUCUUGCAAUGUUUGUGCCCCCUAAAACAAUGCUGGGAUAUGUGCAUAAGCAGAUUCACUGUGACACGGGCAGACCUGCCCUGUUCAACAGUGUUUCUUUAGUUUAGUUAUAUUUGUACGUUUUGACUCUGGGAUCAGUCUGAGUGGCAGCUGCUGAGCUCUCCUCACACACCGUCACUGUGCUGCAGCUUUUCAUCUCUUACAGAAAGUUUGUGUGUUAAUUGUUUCAGUAAUUCCAUGUAUUUAAUGAUGUAACGGAACUUUAUUAGUAAAGUAGCUAGUUUAUUGGAGAAGUCUGAUCAUGUGGUUUCAGCCUUUUUCUCCAUGUUCUGAAACUUGACCUGAUUUCUUUAUAAUCACUGAUGUUUAACUCUUAAUUGACGGCCUGAACUGUAGUUUAAAGUAUUUCUGAUUAUUGCAUUUCAACAGCAUGGUUAGUGACCAUGAAUGAGAGGAAAAAGACAACACAAAAGCUAUUGUUUUAUAAAGGUUGUGCUUAACGUAGCUUCGUCACUAUUUACUCUUAACUGGUUAGUUUAUAACACCAUGGAUCUUUGACAGACUUGUCAAUCUCACCAAUGAUCAUGCGGUUUUAGAUCAGUAUUGAACAAGCUUCCUCCACAUGGCCUUACUGCACCCUUCCACUAGAUGCAAAAGCGUUGUGUAUUGUUUGUGAAGCACAGUAGGCAGCAACUAACCGUUGUUAUGGUGGAUGGGAGCGUUUCCGUUGGCCACGAAGCAUUAUGUUUUGGGCGUGUCCCAGGUGUAGUACACUUUGAGUCUAUUCUUACACGUUAUAGUUCUAGAACGUGUCAAGCUUAGUCGUUCAGAUUGGGCCACACCAGAAGUAGAACAGAAAAGCAGUUUAAACCAUCUAGAAACUUUCAAAAUAAAAGUCACAUACAUUCCAGUUGCUUAAAGUGUAAUAAACAAAAAGGUAUGUCAUUAGAUGUGAAAUUUCCAUAGCUGAGGUAAACAGAGCAGAAAAUAAACCACAGACAUUUUCAGAUUCAUGCUGCUGUCUUGGUAUCAUGUGAACUGCUGAAAUCAUGAGUGGUCUUGCAAUUCUCAAGUGAUUUUGUGAUCUCAUGGGACAAGCAGCGUGGAGUGCUUUUGCUGCUGUUUUGUAUCUGAAACACUAAGGGUUUCCGUGUGUAAGAUGUGUCUAUUAACGUUAUGAGCUGCGUACAUAACCAGGGGAAAGCUGUAGGGAUAAAGAUAAAUUGAGGAGCUUCAUAUUGGCACAAAGUCUCUGCUCCUCCGCAUUAAAAAGUCAGCCUAUAGUUCAUGUGUGUAAUCAGGAUACGUCUUGGAUGCCUUUCUCUGGUUGUUAUCAUGUCGCUGCCCACUGAGAGCAUUAUCUGGGAAUGACCCAGAGCUCAUCAGAGGGGUCCCUGGGAACACUUUGAAGUUAUCCCAAUGGAUCUGGGUAGUGUUGCUGGAGAGGCAGAUGUUUUCCUCCUGGUCCUGCUGCAUCUGUGAUUCAGCCUUGGAUUAUGCUAAAGAAAGUAGAAUUUGAAUGGGGUUAAUUAUCCUUUUCAAAAUGCAUAUCAGCUGGGCAACAAACUGUGCAAACUCAUUAAUCUGGAUCAAAACUACAGGUCAUACUGACACAUGAUGUGAAACAGUUUGUUUAAUAAUUUGAUGGGUGGAGCUGGACUACUGCUGAUUUCUGUCUGAUGCAGGGACUCAUUGAACCCGUUGUAUUAGUCAGAUCUAAUAUCAGCUCUUAUUUGAAUAAUUUCCCAGGGUAACCCAGUGGGUUUGUCUUUUUUCCCCUGGCUGGGGUCCAUGUUGUGUUUGGGCUACAGCUGAAGUUGGGUGGUCACUUAAAGCAACCCACUAACUGCCUGAACCACACUGUGAGUGCAACACUUUGGAUUAAUGUGGAAAAAGGCUGAUUGUCCUGCCAGAGCUGAGCAACGGUUCAGCAUCUAUUUUCAGCACUUUGAUCAUGUGCCUCAAAUCUCUUUAAAUAGUUUUAAAAGAAAGCCACUGACAAAAAAAAACCUCAUCUCAUAAGUAUCUUUAUUGAUUUAAAAAAGCAUUCGAUACAGUGGAUUAUAAAAUUUUUAUUAAAAAACUUAGUAAAUAUGGCAUCACAGGGAUGGCCCUAAAAUGGAUAAUAAGUUAUCUAACUGAUAGGCAGUAAUAUGUUCAAAUACACAACACAAAAUCACAUAUAAAUAACAUUACUUGUGGUGUACCACAAGGGUCGGUAUUGGGCCCUAAACUAUUUAUCAUUUAUAUAAAUGACAUUGUUGAGGUAUCCAAUAUAUUAAAAUGCACCUUAUUUGCAGAUGAUACAACUUUUUAUUAUUCAGGAGAUAAUGUUGAGCAGAUGAUAGAAGUGAUACAAACAGAGAUGAAAAAAAUUAAACUAUGGUUUGAUGGGAACAAACUAUCACUAAACAGUGAUAAAUCAUGUUUUAAGAUAUUAAGUAAUACAUAUUUAAAUGAUGACAUUUUAUUAAAUAUAGAUGAGAUUAAUAUUAAAAGAAUUAAAGAAGUCAAGUAUCUGGGAGUCAUCAUUGAUGAAAAAAUGUCUUGGAAACUACAUAUAAACAGUGUCAAAACUAAAAUAUCUAAAACCAUUGCACUGUUAGAGCAAAAUGGUUACUUGAUAAUAAUUCCCUAUAUUUGUUAUAUAACUCACUGAUCAUACCGUACAUGAACUACUGCAUUGAAAUCUGGGGAACAACAUAUAAAACUUACACAAAUUCCAUUUACAUCUUACAAAAAAAGCAAUAAGAAUAAUCACAAGGAGCAACUACGGAGAUCCAUCCAAUCCAUUAUUUAUAAAAUUAAAAAAACUAAAAUUCUAUGAUCUGGUGGACUACAAUAUUUUAAAAUUUAUGUAUAUUGCAAACAAAGGGUAUGCACCUGCAGGUUUAAUCACAAGAUUUACAAAAAGACAUAGCAAAUAUGAUUUAAAAGGGCAUGACUUAUUUAAUAUACCAAGACAUAGGAUACUCAUAAAGGAACAUUGUGUGUCCAUAUAUGGAGUUAAAAUGUGGAAUAAAUUAAAUGCUGAAAUCAAGAAUGCAAAAAAAAUUUGACUUUCAAAAAAGAGAUAAAA